GUCCAGUUCUUUUCAUACUAGAUCGUUAUUCUUUAGUUGCUUAAUCUCCGAUCAGUUUCUGCCUGUAGAUGUCGCGAACACGGAAAACAUCGAGUGCAACGAUUGUAGAGCGGGACGCGGUUUCGUCCGGCAUUCGUAAGACCCUGCACGCUGCGCUAUCCAGCGGGGAUUUAAGCGAUGUACAGUUGGCCGUCGGGCAUGAUUACGGGCCUGCCAAGCUCUUUCCAGCGCACAAAACUAUUCUGAGCAUGUGCAGUCCGGUUUUUCGGGCCAUGUUCUAUGGCAGUUUGCCCGAGAAUUGCGAUCGUCCCAUUGACGUUCCUGAUGUUCAUCCGGAAGCCUUUGCCAAUAUGCUCAGCUAUUUGUACUCUGAUCGCGUUGAUCUCAAUCAGGAGAACGUGUUAUCGACGCUAUAUUGCGCCGACAGAUACGAUUUGCCGUUGUUGGUCGACGUCUGCUCUCACUUUGUCGUCAGCGACCUCGAUGCAAGCAGCUGUCUAAAGUAUUUGGACUUGACGGUUAAACUGCAUGUUGAGUCCGUCGUGGAGCCCUGCUUAAUGAUAAUAGACGCGCAUACCGAAACCGUUCUGCUCCUGGAACCAUUCAGCCUGCUGGACAAGGAAACACUGAAGCUAAUUCUGCAGCGCGACACUCUACAGGCAUCGGAAACCGACAUUUAUAUGGCAGUCGAAAGGUGGGCGGCAGCUGCCUGCGGCCGUAACAACGAGGAGCCAACGGCCACCAACCGGCGUAGAAUGUUAGACGAACUAUUGUUCCUCGUGCGAUUUCCGUUAAUGAGCGAUAAGGAAUUGCUGGAUGGGCCCGCUGCGAGUGGGCUGCUACUGCCACCCGAAUUAUGGGACCUUUACCAGUGCAAAUACGCAACAACGCAACCGGCAAUUCCAUUUUCUGCGCAUCCCCGACGAGGUGCGAGUCGUACUGGGCUGACGCAUUUGCCGGAUCAGAGUCUGUCGGUACUUGUAACGGUUGUACUGCGACGUGGAAGCGACGGGUCUCUAGGAUUCACCACUGGAACGGGGAAUCUGACGGGACGCUACGGAUCGUUUGCUGAAGAUCAUCUCAUUUUUUUGCAAAAGAUUAUAGCCGGAGGAAGCGCUUACCAAGAUGGUCGCUUGCAGCACGGCGAUCGCAUUUUCCGGGUGAACGGGGAGGAAGUGGUCAGUUAUGACCACGCGAUCAAUAUGAUACGCAACACCGGAAACUUCGUGGUUUUAGACAUUCUCCGUGACAAUCCCUUGUGUUUUUCUAAUCAUUAACAUCUCCAUGAAGACAGUGAAUGGCUAAUUGUUUCUCAGUUCUUCUUAAUUUCAUCGUCGGGAAAUCGGAGCUGAAAGAAUGUGUUACCAGUUAUUAUACGAACUGUUUUCAGUAUCUCCAAACGGGAACAACAAGCAGUUUCUAUCUA